UUAAGCAGUCACACUGCGUUUACCAAACACAGUGAACAGCUCGGAACUGAGGAAGGAGAAGUGGAAGAGAUGGACACCUUAGACCCUCAGACUGGCCUGUUCUACCGCUCGGCCCUGACGCAGCCGCAGGCGCCGAAACAGCAAAAACUGAGUCAGCCCCAGCUGGAACAGACUCAACUGCAAGUGAAAACCCUGCAGUGUUUCCAGACGAAGCAGAAGCAGACCAUCCACCUGCAGGCCGAGCAAAUCCAGCACAAACUCCCGCAAAUGCCCCAGCUUUCCAUAAGGCAUCAAAAACUAACCCCCCUCCAGCAGCAAGAGCAAGCACAGCCCAAACCAGAUGCCCAGCACCCCCCUCACCACAUGAUGGCCAAAGAAAGGCAACUCCCUACCUUGGUGGCUCAGCCACAGCAAACUGUAGUGCAGGUGCUCGCGGUCAAAACCACGCAGCAGCUGCCCAAGCUGCAACAGGCGCCAACGGCACAAAAAAUCUACGUGCAACCCCAACCCCCCCAGAGUCAAAUGCAGCUCCCUGCCUCUUCUGCAGAGAAACAGCCAGCGAGCCAGGCUAUCCCUCACUACUCCAUCCCUUGUCACUCCAGCUCCAACGUGGUGGUGGAACCCAGCGGACUCCUGGAGCUCAACAACUUCACCAGCCAGCGCCUCGACGACGACGAGACGGCGAUGGAGCACGAUGUGGACAGUAGCACCGAGGACGGCACCGAGCCCAGCCCCUCUCGAAGUUCUGCUGAACAGUCCUGAGGAAUUGGGGACGCCAGAGUGCACUUUAAAAUAAAAAAUAAGUCAUCUUGGGGUUUGGAGUAUCUGAGAUGCCCUCGUCUUGCGACGUCUUAGAGCACUUUGCCCUAUUCGAGUCGGUCGUGGGACCUUCGAAGCGUCAGCGCGUUUUUUAACGAGACAAUAUUGAAAAAGCUGCAUCUUAGAAAUGGUUUC